CUGACCAACUCUUCGGGUGUCCGAGCCUCACCUUGGCUUGGCAUUCUAAAUAUACCUGGCUUGUCUGGUCAAAGAUAGAAUUUUGGACUUGGCUCACCUACAAAAAGUCUGCGGUUGGCGCCGUUCUAACCCACUCGCUGCAAGACGCCUAACAACCCACCCUCGCCAAAUGAACUCCAGUCCUCCUUACCCAACAUCAGACUACUCUCGUUUACCUUACCAUUCCGCUGAAGCAGACUAUAGGAGACUCAUCAUGUCGAGUUCACAAAUACUAGAGCAGGUACCACCUCCUAGCCUCAGAGAAAUCCUCGGCGCAUACAAAUCCAAAGGGGACGGUGACCGAGAUAUGCUUAUUGCCAUGUUGAAUGCGAAGAGCGCUGAGGACCAGCGACUUGCAUCUGUUGCUUCCUUGCACAGAACCCUCCUUGAGAUGUCCGCAGCAGAUGCCCAGCAUGCAAGCCCUUCACAUCCCUCGCAUUCUUUACCACCCCCAGCCCUUUACUCAAAACAUGGGCUAUAUCCAAGUGACAUGUCCAACGGACGUGUCUCCCCUCAACCACUACCUGUGGUGAGAGAACCACCUCAACUCUCUCAACCACCUCGAAAGCGCCAACGCUCAUCUCAUUCCCCUUCAUCACAUUAUGAAUCACGUACAUCUCACACAUCCUCUCGCGAUUUACCACCUUCGCCGUACUCGUCUCGGAGUGAUUCUGAAGAGUACUCGCCUCGAUCCCGAGCAUCGAUGGCGAUAGGGUCAUUGCUUUCCACUGGUCCUAGCAGAGAUACUGUACCAGAGGAUCUCCAAAAUCAUUCAGAGACCACUCAUCACACAUCCUCUGGCUCUGUUGGAGUUGCACUGUAGCCACUCCGCAAGCUCCCUUGUUUUGUGUUUUUUUUUUCAUUACUUUUCCUACCCCUUGUGGGACACGCUGUGACGCUUGGCAGCAACUAGUACCAACAAAUGGCAGUGAAAUGACACGUCCGAUAAAUGGCCGGAAAGUUAUCUUUGGAGCGCAGCUCUUGAGACCUUGCUUUUGGC